AUGCUAUGCGACAAAUUUCCAACUUUCCACUCGUCUAAAAAUACAACUGAGCCCAAAGAACUCACCGGGCAGACUAUAAGUCUCAUAGCUUUUGAUAGCAGUUAUCAGGGUCAGAUCCGAGGAUUUGAGGAAACUCUUGAAAAUAAGACAGCUGUUGAGCAUAUGUUGCAGCAAGAGUUGGAGACUUUAGAAAACGAGCUGAACGUUGUCAAGGAGACGGCAAUAGGUUCAAACUCGUCUGAAGAAGCAAGUCUACUAUGUACCUUUAAGACUGAAUCUACUGACACAGCAAAUAAACCCCUUUACCUGAGGGAACAGCAUGAGAACUCUGACGAAAAAAGUCUAUCAAAAGAAGAUCCAAGAGCUACAAGAAACUCCUCAAAGGAAAAUAGUUUAUGGGGAAGUGUUAGAGGAAGAAAUGAAGUGUUUAAAGAAAGAUCUGAAUUAGUGUUAAGAGCAACUCUGAAUACUGAUUCAAUCAGUGCGCUAAGAAAAAGGAAAAGAUCCAGGAAUUACUUAUCAGUACUCAAGACGUGACCUCCCUCAACUUUGAAUUGCGCCGGGAAAUUAACCAGAAAAGCAAAGUUAUAAACGAAGGAGACGAGGAAAUAAAAAGACUUAUCAAAAGUACGACUGACGCAGAGAUUCUACUGCGAGAGGUAAAGGAGAAACUUUUAGAAGCUCACAAGGAGACAGAACUUUUGAAACUAGAGUUGGCGCAAGUGAAGAAAGAUAAAAGGUCGAUCGCUUUCCAAACUGAUGGUAAGGUUCUCACAAAGUCUGACAUUCCAAAUGACAACCUAAGAACAACUUACAAAGAAAAAACACGCUUUCUCGUUUCUAAUCCCGGCGAACAAGUCUUACCAUCUAGUUGA